AUGGGUCGCGUUCGUACCAAGACCGUCAAGAAGUCCGCCAAGGUCAUCAUCGAGCGGUACUACCCCCGCCUGACCCUCGACUUCGAGACCAACAAGCGCAUCUGCGAUGAGAUUGCCAUCAUUGCCUCCAAGCGCCUCCGCAACAAGAUUGCUGGCUACACCACCCACCUGAUGAAGCGUAUUCAGCGUGGCCCCGUCCGUGGCAUCUCCUUCAAGCUUCAGGAGGAGGAGCGUGAGCGCAAGGACCAGUACGUCCCCGAGGUCUCCGCCCUUGACUUCACCCAGAACUCGGAGAACGGCCAGCUGGACGUCGACGGCGAGACCAAGGACCUGCUCAAGCACCUCGGCUUCGACUCCAUCCCCGUCAACGUCGUUGCCGUCACCCAGACUCAGGUUGUCGAGCGCGGUCCCCGCCGGUUCGGCGACCGUCGUCCCCGCGACUAA